AAACAAUAACAGCCGUUCCGAAGGAUCAUAUUGAUAUUCAUAGGCCCACGCGAAUUGUUCUAAUUGCUUCCUAAUUUUUCGAUUUCAAACGGAAUUUCACGCUGAAUUAUUCCCGAUUUUCAUUUCUCAUGCCUACUUUUGCUUCCAGAUUCCUCAAUGACACGCUUCACGAGCGGUCGAUUCCUUGAGUCUUGAUCGUAUUGGUGUAUCAUUGUGGAGGAUCUUCUUACAGAGCUUACAAUCCCUGAAGAUGGCUUCUGGGAGUAACACGGACAUGCUGCCCAUAAUGAAUGAUGGUCACCAGGUGCCCCUUGGAAAUUUUGAAGAUAAUUUGCGGACUGAGCUUGAACUACUUCUGAGAGAAAAUUCCAAUCAAUCAGUAACAGGGGAAGAUGGAGAUCUGAAUAUUUACAGGAGUGGUAGUGCUCCCCCAACAGUUGAGGGAUCAUUAAAUGCUGUGGGAAGUCUGUUUACAAGCUCUUAUUAUAGUGAGUUGAAUGCUAAGAGUAGUACUAAUGAUAGGGUUUUAUCUGAGGAUGAGAUUCGUUCACACCCGGAUUAUCUUUCUUACUAUUACUCAAAUGAUUAUAUCAAUCCAAGACUCCCUCCACCUUUAGUAUCAAAGGAGGACUGGCGUGUUGCGCAGCGGUUUCAGGGAAGUGGGUCUUCGUUGGGGCGACAGGAGGAUUGGAACUGGAAGAAGUUAGUAGAUGGUAAUACAAGGUCAUCAUUGUUCUCUAUGCAGCCUGGCAGUUCUGUGCAGCGGGCAGAAAAGAAUAGUAGUAAUGUAAUGGAGUUUGGGGGUGCUAAUGGAAAUAAUGUCUCCAGGAAUGCUCUAUCGGAGUGGCACGACAGAGGUAGGGACGGUUUAGUUGGAUCAUGUGGCGAUGGACUUGGUGCAAGACGAAAGAGUUUUGCUGAUAUUGUCCAGGAGGGACUUGGUGAAUCUGCUUCCUUGUCUGGCCAGUUGUCACGCCCUGCGAGUCAUAAUUCUUUUGGGGAUGUUGACACUAUGGGAAUGACUGAUAUAAAGCCACUAGGAUUAUGUAAUGGGGUGGGGGGUUCUAUUGAGGAUUUGCUUAACUCAGGUCCCCCUGGCUUUGUUGGAGUUCAGAGUCAUAACAAGGCAAUUUCUCAUUCCUUUCUGAAUCCUAAUUGUUCAGCUCUUUCGAGGAGCACGACUCCUGAACCACAGCUAGUUGGAAGGUCUUCAAGUUCUGGUCUACCUCCUGUUGGCAGUAGAGUUUUCCCUGUAGAAAAGAAGAAUAUAACUGUAUUCAAGGUCCAAAAUGGUCAUUCUGCUGGGUUUACCGAACCGCCUGACAUAUCUGGUCUACACCUGUCGUCAAUUAGACCUGAAGAUGGAGUUAAUGGGGUCCAAUCUCGACUUCAUCUGGAUCAUGGUGAACAGUCUGAUUUUCUGAUCAACAUUUCCAAUGGUAUUCACACACGUACUCUGCCUGAGUUUAGUGACAAAAAUCUCUCACAACCUAGUGAUAAUAUUGACCUAGCAAGGAAAAGUGGGAUUGUAAUGAACCUGAGAGCGCCUACGAUGCAUUCUCAUGAUAAUGUAAACUUUCCCAAAAGAACUUCUUCUUCUACCAGUCUAUACACCAAAGCAAAUUCGUCAGGAUUUGGAAGUAAGGAAGGGCCUACCAUACACCUUCAAAAUCCAAACCUUCAGAGUAUGGAUUUGGCUGGAUAUACGUCUGGUGACCUUGCUAUAAACAUGAAUCAUAAUUCUGCUCUAAAUAGUUAUGGAACAUCUGAUCAUAUUAAGCUGCCAUCGGGAACUUCUGAUCGUGCAGUCCAUGCUGGUUCUAGUUUGCAGUCCCAUAAUUACUAUGGGAUUACUCAAGGAGACUUGCAAGGCCUUCGAAGUGCCUAUCUUGAAACCUUGCUUUCCCAACAAAAGCAGCACUACGAGUUGUCACUUUCAGGUAAUUCAAGUGUUUAUAAUCACAGAUUGUAUGCAAAUACUCUAUAUGGUUCUGGCAUCCCAUAUUUGGCGGACCAAGUAUUGGAUUCUGGUCUUUCGUCUCUUGGACACGGAGGUACAAUGCUGCAGAAUGAACGAAUCUUGCGCUGUAAUUCACUGAUGAGAAAUUCAAUAGGAGCCCAGGGGUCUUGGCAGCCGGAUAUCGGCAGUAGUGUAGAUGAAAGUUUUCCAUCCACUUUAUUGGAUGAGUUCAAAAGCAACAAGACUAGAUCUUUUGAGCUUUCAGACAUUGUUGAUCAUGUCAUUGAAUUCAGUAUGGAUCAAUAUGGAAGUCGUUUUAUCCAACAAAAGCUAGAAACUGCCAAUGUGGUGGAGAAGACGAAGAUAUUUCCCGAGAUAAUUCCACAUGCUCGUACCUUGAUGACCGAUGUCUUCGGAAAUUAUGUCAUUCAGAAAUUUUUCGAACAUGGUACUGAAAGUCAAAGGAAGGAGUUAGCUGACCAAGUUUCAGGACAUGUUUUGCCUCUUAGUCUUCAAAUGUAUGGAUGCAGAGUGAUUCAGAAGGCUUUGGAGGUAGUUGGUUCGGAUCAACAGGCUCAAAUGGUUGCCGAGCUUGAUGGUUUGGUAAUGAAAUGUGUUCGUGAUCAGAACGGAAAUCAUGUUAUUCAGAAAUGUAUCGAGUGCGUCCCUCAAGAUAGAAUCCAGUUUAUCAUAUCAUCAUUUUAUGGCCAAGUUCUGGCACUAUCCACUCAUCCAUAUGGCUGCCGUGUUAUUCAGAGGGUAUUAGAACACUGCAAUGAUUUGAGUACACAACAAAUUAUCAUGGAUGAAAUCAUGCAAUCCGUUUGCCUCCUGUCACAAGAUCAGUAUGGAAAUUAUGUUAUUCAGCAUGUACUUCAAUUCGGUAAACCGCACGAGCGGUCUGCUAUUAUAAGUAAGCUUGCAGGACAGAUUGUAAAGAUGAGUCAACAGAAGUUUGCUUCUAAUGUUGUGGAGAAGUGUUUAACAUUUGGCAGUCCCGAGGAACGUCAACUACUAAUUAACGAGAUUCUUGGUUCUACUGAUGAGAAUGAGCCCUUGCAGGCAAUGAUGAAGGAUCCGUUCGGGAACUACGUUGUCCAAAAGGUUCUAGAGUCAUGUGAUGACCAUAGUCUUGAAUUAAUUCUCUCUCGUAUCAGGGUUCACUUGAACUCCCUCAAGAGGUAUACUUACGGUAAACAUAUUGUAUCUCGAGUUGAAAAGCUCAUCACAACAGGAGGUGAGAGACGUAGUACUUCUCUUACACUCAUAAUUCUGGAUAUCUUUUCUAGUGUGAUCGCCACCGAUCGUGAUAAACUUGCCUGUCGUUUGCAGAAAGGAGAAUUGGACAGUCGGCGUCGGCGUCUUCCUUCUCAUCCUCCCGAUAGAGCAGUUUUCGGAUUGCAGCAAGGUCAGGUCAGUCUCCAGCUGCCUUGAUCCGAAAGAAUUCCAGUUCAUUUUUCAGCUGACAGAAUAACAGUAAUUUGUAAAUAAACAAAAAGUAUUUAAAGGCAGAGGCAAUGGAAGAGGAGGGGUGGGGAAGAAAGAAGUGUCGUUGUAAAUGAAAAUAAGAAGAAUAUUGGAGAAAGAGUGUAUAUUUUGCGACCCUCACUUUCUCGAAAUUUGCAGAUAGAGAGAAGUAAGUUUUAAUAUAUAAUGUAUUAUGUAGAGCUAAACCCCCAAAUGUAAAUGACUUUAGUAAAGAAGCUAAUAUAUUAUAUAACAUCUAUCUAUCUAUCUAUUUAU